AUGACGCAUACGGAUGUCGAGUGGAGGGCGCUGCACACGAAAGUGAAGCAACUCGUUCCAAAGAGAUUGGGACCAAUGAUGAUUAUCGUGGGUUCCCCAGGUCUCAGUUUAAAUUUACUGAUCGGCGCUAACAUUUUCCGACUACAACAGGCAGCUACAGUGGUGGCAUCUCCGUCAGAGGAGCUCUUGGCCGAAUUUUAUUCCUACCUGGUCCGUUCCAAGAUAAGAAUCAACAUUUACGACUAUGUUGAUUCUGAUUCUGAUGACGAUGUCAAUGACAUAGAUGAGGACGAGGACAUGGAAGAAGACGAUGAUGAAGGAGCCGCCGAGCUUGAAAGAGCAAGACAAGCCAUCUCCCUUAUCUUUCGCGAAGUUCUACUGAAGCUUAUCCCGCUCGUGGGAGCCCCACGGGUGCUGUGUGCUUUGAUUCCGUUGGCGAAUGCCGAGGGCAAUGUGAAGGCAAAGGCUGCUAACAGCGAGCUUGACGACAGAUGGGACAAUAUGGACCACCUCGACGCUGAAGUAUUCUAUCAGCGUGGUGAGAGAACCAUGAAGGCCAUUUAUGGAACUUCUUUGCUCCCCAAAAUCUUCGAUUCUUUCGGUGACCACAAGGAAGAUAUCAGCUUCCACGAGAUCUUCGCAGUCUACGGUCUCUUCUUGUCGGACUACGCCAUCCUCACCCCGAUUCAAACAGAGGCCGUGGUUUAUGCCACGAUCUCAAGUCUAGGACUGGGCGCGCCAGGAACUUUGCAUCUCCGGGGUAUGGGUCGUAUACUCGGGGCAAGUGGCCAAGACACCCAGAGCGACGAGGCGGAGCAAAUCAUAACCCAGCUCACAAACCUGCGGGAGGCUGUCAUGGAAAUAAUUCGAUUUGUCGGGGAUGACUACGCUACUCGAGCCCGCUUGGAUAAGUGGGCCACAGUCGACAGUAUGCUGAGAGAGUUUGGUGGCUGGGGAGAAAAGGAGACUCUGAAUCAGCAUUUCAAGGAGUUUUACCCGGGACGCAUCUAA